CCUGCCUGGCCUAGGAGAGCUGCUCUCUGCCUAUUUCUACCCAGGCAAAUCACCCACAUUCCUGCACGCUGUUCCCCACCCCUUCCCAGCGAGGGCAGAGGGACCCCGGGCAAGGGUCAAGUCGUUGGCAUGCGGCCAGCCGCCCACCAAGUAUUAAUAGAGAGCCUUGGGCUGCAGGAGCCUGGCACUGGGGCCUCGGGUUGCAAAGUGAAAGGAGCGCCAGGAGUGUGUCCUCAUCUCUCCCUCCGCCCUGGCGCGCGCCCAGCUGCCGCCGGGUGCACCUGCGGGGCCCCAAGGGGGGCGCUGCCUCAGCAACUGCAGCCGCUGCCUAGACUGCGGGAGCCGCGCGGGGGACAACCCGGAGUCGGGGAGCAGCGAUGAGCAGCGACUCGGACCGCGAGUGCCCGCUGGACGGAGACCCCCAUCAACAAGAGAUGGUUCCAAGUAAGAAGAGUGCUGUUCUCGUGGAUGGGGUUGUACUGAACGGCCCCACAACAGACGCAAAAGCAGGAGAAAAAUUUGUGGAAGAGGCCUGUAGGCUAAUCAUGGAAGAGGUGGUUUUGAAGGCUACGGAUGUCAGUGAGAAGGUUUGCGAGUGGCGGCCUCCUGAACAGCUGAAACAGCUUCUUGAUUUGGACAUGAGAAACACAGGAGAGCCACACCACAGGCUGUUGGAGCUCUGCCGGGAUGUCAUCCGCUACAGCGUCAAAACUAACCAUCCCAGAUUUUUCAACCAGUUGUAUGCUGGACUUGAUUACUACUCCUUGGUGGCCCGAUUUAUGACAGAAGCCUUAAACCCAAGUGUUUAUACGUAUGAGGUGUCCCCAGUGUUUCUGUUAGUGGAAGAAGCGGUUCUGAAGAAAAUGAUUGAAUUUAUUGGCUGGAAAGAAGGGGAUGGAAUAUUUAACCCAGGUGGUUCAGUGUCCAAUAUGUAUGCAAUGAAUUUAGCUAGAUACAAAUACUGUCCCGAUAUUAAGGAAAAGGGGCUGUCUGGGUUGCCAAGAUUAAUCCUUUUCACGUCGGCAGAGUGUCAUUACUCUAUGAAGAAAGCAGCCUCCUUUCUUGGGAUUGGUACAGAGAAUGUUUGCUUUGUGGAAACAGAUGGAAGAGGUAAAAUGAUACCUGAGGAACUGGAGAAGCAAAUCUGGCAAGCCAGAAAAGAGGGAGCAGCUCCGUUUCUCGUCUGUGCCACCUCUGGGACCACCGUGCUGGGAGCCUUUGAUCCUCUGGAUGAAAUAGCGGACAUCUGUGAGAGGCACGGCCUCUGGCUUCACGUGGAUGCUUCCUGGGGCGGUUCAGCUUUGAUGUCAAGAAAGCACCGCAAGCUCCUGAGAGGCAUCCACAGAGCCGACUCUGUGGCCUGGAACCCCCACAAGAUGCUGAUGGCUGGAAUUCAGUGCUGCGCUCUCCUCGUCAAAGACAAAUCCGACCUUCUCAAGAAAUGCUACUCUGCCAAGGCAUCUUACCUCUUCCAGCAGGAUAAAUUCUAUGAUGUCAGCUAUGACACAGGAGACAAGUCUAUCCAAUGCAGCAGGAGACCAGAUGCAUUCAAGUUCUGGAUGACUUGGAAGGCCCUGGGAACAUUAGGCCUUGAGGAAAGAGUUAAUCGUGCACUUGCUUUAUCUAGAUACCUUGUAGAAGAAAUCAAGAAAAGAGAAGGAUUCAAGCUACUGCUGGAACCUGAAUAUGCCAAUAUUUGCUUUUGGUACAUUCCGCCGAGCCUUCGAGAGAUGGAAGAAGGACCUGAGUUCUGGGAAAAACUUAAUGUGGUGGCCCCAACCAUUAAGGAGCGGAUGAUGAAGAAGGGAAGCCUGAUGCUGGGCUACCAGCCCCACCGGGGGAAGGUCAACUUCUUCCGCCAGGUGGUGAUCAGCCCUCAAGUGAGCCGGGAGGACAUGGACUUCCUCCUGGACGAGAUAGACCUACUGGGGAGAGACAUGUAGCUGUGGCUUUUGGUUCCCCAGAGGCACGGGUCCUGUCCUGGGGAUCUGGGGACAUGGAGACUGUGGCCCUUCUGGUGAGAAAUAGGAAAGGUGGCCUGGUCUGGCCUGUCAAAGCGGAAAUGCUAAGCAAAUAGUGUUAAGGACUCUUUAGCUGCCUGGGCACUAGUGUUGCUAGAAAGGAGGAAGUGAAAAAAUGGAUUUGCUCAAAAAUUGUCUUUAGGACACAGCCUCGAAGAGAGUUUAUUUAAUAAGUACCACACAGGGCCUGGGUUCUAAGCUUCGAUUGCCCUUUUCAAGAACAUGUAAAUUAAUAGUUGAAAGCAGGGGUUCUCGAAUUGGUGGUCCCUCCACUAGCAGUAUCAACAUUGCCAUGGAACUUGUUAGAAAUACAGGUUCUCAGCCCCGCCCAGACCUACCGAAUCAGACCCUUUAUAUUUCAAGAGCGACCCAACAUUCUAUAUUUGAAGUAGCUUUCCAGGUGAUUCUGAGGCAAGGCAAAAUCUGAAACCAGUGGUUUAGCUCAACCUUGUGAAGACUGAAUAAUAACUCCGAUGUUUUGCCAGCAAAGAGAUAGUUAAUAUUUCAGCGACCCCUGAGUCAGUUUGAAAAUACGGCCAUGGCAUCUGUAGCACAAGUGUUUAGGGGCAUCAGAAGUAUAUAUAUUUUUGAACAGAGGAACUGUUUAAGAUGUUUACUUUACAAAGAUGUAUCUUUUAUGCAGCUGAAUGUUUAUUCUCAAAAGUUAAAAUUAACCGUUAUCUAUUCUAAAUUACUUAAAUUAGAGAUAAGGAUAAGGACAGACACUUUGUAGCAUGGCCUUUUUAAUGAAAGCAAUGGUACUAAUUCACUUCCCAAAGCGCUUGUGCCAUUAGCUUGGAGUAGACAUUAGAUACAGAUGUCUCCAGCUAUGUAUCUCUCUCGGCGUGAGGGGCCCAUUUCUUAUCUUAUUCUCUGCAUAUAGGAAAUAACUAGAAUGAAGUCCAGGGUUAUACAACAUUCCCUUUAUCAAGCUUUUGAAACGUCAGUGUAGACUAUUAAGUGGUUUAUAUUAGGCAGAGAAUCUGGGAAUUGGAGGCCUUUUCAGUGCAGACACCUCCCCUGUUCCUCUUGGGAGCGGGUGAUUGUAAUUCUGUCUCUGAUCCUGGUCCUGGGUUUCUAGGAGAAUUCUAUUUGACUAAGAAAUAAACAGAAUUCAGAGGUGUGGGUGCGGAGUUCCACAGGUAAGGUUGUGAAUCUGAUUAGAACUCUGAUUUGGGAGGCAAAAAAGAUUGAAGAGUGUUAGACUUCGCAUAUUCAAUAAGCUUCCAUACGAUAUCGUCAACUGUGUUGAUUACAUUUCGAAGAGUAAAAAGCAGAUGUGUACUAUUGCUCUAUUCCAUGUUUUCACUUCAGGGUGUGUGCUUUCUCAAUAUCUCCAUCAGUCAAAGAAUAUUUUAAUCUUUCUCUGAAUCACUUUAUUCUCUAGUGAUAACUAUUUGUGUGUGUGUGUGUGUGUGUGUGCAUGUGUGUUUUACAUAUCUUGUUGCUUCUUUGUUUUAAUGUCUACCUAAAAUGUUCCUGAAAUUGAUAUUUGCAAUAACUCAGGUUUCAUGAAAUAAAAAGCAACAUUAGCGCCCA